AUGGGUUCUUCUACAUUGGGGAGGGAAUAUCAGGGGAGAUUGUUCCCAGCCGGAAAAUCUCCUUUGCAAGAUCGAAGCUUGCAUCACAACUGCAAGUUGACCGAGUUUGGGCAACUGAAGCACUCUGUAGGAGAAGAAGUUUUCAAUGACGUUAUGAGUACAUCUCAAGUGGGAAUUAUUCUGAAGCUUGCCUCAAGGAGUUACAUGUGGUGUGCGAAGACAUGUCAUAACCUCCUAACACAUCAAUUGGCUAUUGAGUCGAGUAAUGAGAUAUGGUCACUAUUUGGAGGUCGGCCAAUUAGAACACACUUUUUUUGGGACCUGGUCGGCAUUAAAGAUGGGGAAGGACCUUCUUGGCAUGAGUUGAACGGAGUGCUUGGCAGAUGCAGCACUUGGACGUACGAGCAGAAGAGAAUGCUUGCGCUGCUGUUUGUUGUGCACAUUGGAAUAUAUGGCAUUUCUCGGUCUAGUAGGAUUUCUUUUAAGCAUGCUAAAAGGGUUCUUGUUCCGGAGUCUUUUGAGAGUUAUCCUUGGGGCAAAGUGGGAUUUAAGGAGUUAAUGAAGUCCAUAAAAGUAGCUAACCUUGAUGGGAAGACGUACGUCGUACACGGAUGUGUACAUGCGCUGUUGAUAUGGGCAUACGAGGCUAUUCCAAUAAUAGGCGAAGAGGCAGGAGGUGAUAUCAAGCUUGAUAACAUGAUUCCUGAUAUUGUUGGAGGCUGUCUGGAUGAAAGUUGCUGGGAAACAGAAGAGCAACUGUUGAACAAAAAGAAGAGGAAGAAAAAGUUAGAAGUGGUGGUAGAUAGUGAUGAUGAUUUGGUAGAGAAACCUUUGCAAAAGAUUUCAAGCCUUGCUGAUGAAGCACUAGUGAAUGUGCUUAACACUAUUCCUGAGAAACUGAAUGAGCUGGAAACGAAGUUUGAACUAUUGCAGACGAACAAAACUACUGUGGAGGAGGGGUCGACGAAAAAAAGGAAUGAAGUAGGCGAUGAAGUAGCCGAGGAGAAGGUGUAUGAUGCAGAGUCUGACACUGUUGGGGAGAACGACGAUAAGAAGGGUUGUGAAGCGACUCCGGAACCGUCGUGGCUUGCAAUAGAGGUUGAAACAUCGCAGGAAGGGAUUACUAUUACCAGAACCAUAAGAAACCCGUCAUUCGAUUAUAAGAGACCCACGCAAAGGAAGCUGGAACUGAAUGAUCCCAGUGAAAAGUUAGGAGGUGAUUCGAUGGCGGGGAAGACGCCGUUUAUAAUUCCACAACUAAGUGAUGAAGACGAUGGUUUUCUGAUGAAAGCAUUUGCGGCCAACGCACAAAAUCUGGGAAGGCAGGGAAAACAGGACAAAGCAAAGGCGACGUAUGAUCCUUUAGAGAAGGUCGAUAGAAAGAAGCAAGUUGCGCUCGUCGGAUAUGUGAAGACAUAUUUGGAUAACCCAAUCGAAAGUAGCAGUCCAGAGGCAGAUUUCUACCAAACCUUAAUGACACCAAAAAAACAGUGGGUCGUAGAUGAAUACGGCUGGCUUUCUGAUAUGCAUAUGGUCGCGGGCAUGAACAUGUUCCGCCAAAGGUCAUUGCGUAGGCCGUGUCCAUAUAGAAACGAGAAGAUUUUUUUCCUCGACCUUUAG